AUGCGGAUCUUUCUGAUACUAUGCGUACUGCUACUAGGUAAAACAUAUAGUUUGGUGGAUUCGCAAGGACCCAGGGAAGAGGUCAAAGAUGUUACUCUCAAUCUCUCUUCUCCGGAUUCUUCCUUCAUAAAUGUAUUCACUAGAAGACCUUAUGAGCUGUUUCAGACGAUACAUCUAGCCAGGAAUGGUUUUGAGAUAACGUCGAUAGUGGAUGAUAGGACAGUUCUCUGGAAGAAGAAUAAGGAUGGAAACCAUUGCACUCAUGUAACAGUUUUAACGCAUGAAACUACUCAUGCCAACAUUUACUUAAAGAAUGAAGAAGGUGUAAGGAGCUGCUUCUACCUCGAGAAGAGUGGUGGAGAAUGGAAACAGGUUACCGGGAAGGAGUUCUAUGACCGACUCCACUCCGUGGUCAAGAGGAAUGAAGACUUUGAUCAUGUAACUUUGGACAUUAGUAAAACUCAGGAUCCGAGAGUCUUCUACGUCAACAAGAUGCCAGAGUUCCCCUUUGCAGUCUACGCUGCCAAUAGUAAAUGCAGGAUCAAAAAGAUAAAGAAUGGCAAGACUACCACAAUUUGGGAGGACAAGACAAAGGAUAAGGGCUGCAUGUAUGUCUCAUUUUAUCCCAGAGAAAGUCCAAAGUGGGCUUACCUACUCUUUCUAAAUUCGGAUGGUUUCAGGGAGGAGUUUCUGGGUGAGACCAAGAGUGCAUGUCGCAACAGUUGGAAGGCCAUUACGAGGGGAGAGUAUCUGGAAGGCAUAAGGAAAGCCGGAUUUAAGGAAUCUGAGUUUAACAACCACAUCACAAUGGAUCUCUCAAAACCGAGUGAUUCAUUCCACACACACUCUUACAUUGCCGGCAGCUGUUCAGAACGAUUAUUUACUCCACUUCCAGGUCUUCUUCUCACCAGUGUUAUAGAUGGCAGGAAUGCAGUAUGGACGGCAAAGGACGGAGAGUAUUGCACCUAUGCCAAUGUCUACCAUUAUAAUAACAAACCACUUGCUGGGUUCCUGUUGGUCAAAGACAACCAGGGCAAGCGGAAGGUUUUAUACUUUGCCAAGAGCGGUGCUGAGUGGAUUAGUGUAGACAAAGAGGGCUACUUUUCCGUAACUUCCGGUAAUGACCCUCUGGCUCCACCCAAAGAGGUUGUCCAUGAAUUGACCAUGAGUAGUUUUAGGAAUCGGCAAGGCCUCAGACUCACAAGUUAUGCCUCUAGAGUAGAGAAUGCCAAGGGAGAUAUCAUUCUUAUUCAUGGAUUCCGCGGAUACUUUAUAGGCUUUAAUCUAGUGAAUCUAGAAUGGAAUUAUAGGUAUUUCGACUUUCCAACCUAUUCAUACACCCCUCCAUUUGGAGGCUAUAAACCUUCACCAGAACCUGAUCCGAUGGAGAUGUAUAGACACAUCUUCGAGAAUCCAGCCAUACGUGGAGACUGCAUCAAGGCGUCGCCCAGAUACGACUAUAGAGGUGGUUUUGUGGAAGCCCUUAAUAGGCUUGGCUACAAUGUCUAUGCAAUGGACAAUCAGUCCCAGGGUCUCUCUGAAUCCAUCUCGACACCAAGAUGUCAUGUAAACGAUUUUAAAGACUAUGUACACGAUGUCAUUCAGUUUGUUAGUAUUGUCAAGAGGGGCAAGUUUGGGGAUCCUAAUGAAAAGUGGGAUGAAAAGGUUGUAUAUGAGAACACUCCUACGGAUAAAAAGACAUUCUUGCUAGGAUUUUCAAUGGGAGGAAACAUUUCCAUGCGGGCUAUUCAGGAGUUUUACAAGCAUGCAGAACCAGGAGCAAAAUUUGUAGAUGGCCUAAUUGGUCUCUCGGCCAUGUUAAGCCUGGAACACUACGUAGCUACCUGGACAAAAUGGAUUAUGAUUCAAUUCUAUAAGCUUUAUGCAUGGUCAUUUCCAACUUGGGAGAAUUCACACGACAAGCUGAGUAGACACGGAGAAUCGUUUGGUAAAUUUACGAGAUACAGUGACCCGUUCUUCCUGUCCACUAGAAUGUUAUUACACGCAUCCAGACUUAUCUUUAAUGCAUGCGAUGAUGUAAAGAAGCCUGAGAAUAUGGUUCAUUAUCCAAAGGAUUUACCAACACUAUUUUUACACACAAAGGAUGAUGCAACAUGCCAUGUCAACGGCCCACGAAAAAUGGUGAACGAGAAACUAAAGGAGAGUAAAGUUGCAAGGUUUGUAGAGUUGGAAGGUGCCUGUCAUUAUUUAACCUUCUAUCAGUCGAUUGCUGCCGUGAUUCCACAUCUAAAGGAGUGGUUGAAUGAGCACGCUUAG